AUGCAGACCAAGUCCCUCCUCACCAUCCUCCUCAGCGCCGCUCUGGCUGCUGCUACCGUUGACCCGGCCACUUCCAACACCAAGGGCAAGUGUCCUGGUACUUACAACUGCUCUGCCGCCAAAACCUCCACCGCUAUCCAGGCAGCUGAGUGCUCCCACAACACCCGUACUUCCGGUACAUUCCCUUUCCCCCAGAGACAAUCCGCACAAAAGAAGAAAAAAAAAUAUACUGAUGUAUGCGAUGUAGAAACCCAAACCUUCGCCGUCUUCGUCACCGACCACCAGUACGACUCCUCCUACGGCGCUCCCUACGGCACCUGCAAGGCGUACACUUGCACCGCGCCGACGGACAGCGAGAUGACCGAUUCGGAUGAUGACUGCUGGACUUUCUUCUGGAACGACAACGGCGAGUCCUCUGGCUCUGGAACUGGAUGUAUUCGCAGCCCUGAUGAUGGAACUUGUGGAUGCGAGAACUCCGACGGAACUUUUGUUUAUGGGGGAACGGAUUGCUCUUAA